AGGAUGAAAAUGGCGGUGGGGAGAGAUCAACGCGAGAAUUAAACACACAAAUGACCAUUUGACUUGGAUGACAGCAGCACUGCAGCUCCGUGAGGGAAUAAAGAAGUAGCUCGUCGUCAACAAAGUGCAUUUACCACAACAAACACCCGGAGUUCAACGGGGGAAAACUGCGUCCUGGAUUUAAAAUAGCUCCUGAAAUUAGCCCGCUAACCUCGUUAGCUUAGCUAGCCUUCAGCUGGAAGGUUUAACGGACACUACAGCAGCACAUUAACGGAAUUAUUCUGUCCGAAUAAGAUGAACUGCGCUUUUCUCGAUUUACCUCUCAAAUGCAAGCUCAGUCGUCGGUGCUGGGCUUGUAGAAAUAUUUGCAUCUGACUGAAUGCAUAACUAAUCGCUCCGUCUGGUACUAUUAGCCAGCAAACACCAUCCUCCAAGCUUUCUCAAAGUUCAACGAGCAUCUGUAAGAGGAGAACGGACUAAACAGGUUGCAUUGUGUGCCCAGUUCCUCCUGCCUCCCCUUGUGGGAUGGUUCUGCAUGACAGGGAGGGCAUGGUUCUGUAACCCCCUCUCUGUCCUUCAGUUCCCAUCCCAUACACCCAGUGGACCACAGCCAUAGUGUUCCUUUCAAUGAACAUCCCUCUGGAGCCCUAGAUCAAGUUACAUUGGGUGUCCAUUCUCUGCUGCCUCCCCCCGGUGGGAUGGUUCUGCAUGACAGGGAGGGUGUGCCGCCGUAGCCCCCUCUCCUUGAGAUCUCUCCCACCCCGUAAACCCAGUGGACCACAGCCAUAGUGUUCCCCUCAAUGAGUAUCCCUCUGGAGCCUUAGAUCAAGUGUGCAUAUGCUGAAAAUGAGUGCUGCAGGGGAGAAUGCCCUUGACCCCAACACCUCAGAGUCACGGAAGAGGAAGGGUUCUCCUUGUGAUACCUCUGGUCCCAGUGUGGAGAAGCGACGGCGGGAGCUGGAAUGCCGCUACAUUGACGAGCUGGCCGAGUUACUUUCGGCCAACAUGAGCGACAUUGCCAGCUUGAACGUGAAGCCGGACAAAUGCCACAUCUUAAAGAGCACCGUGGACCAGAUCCAGCAGAUCAAACGGCGCGAGCAGGAGAAAGCAGCUCUGAUGUUUCCAGAUGAUGAGGUGCAGAAGAGUGACAUAUCGUCCAGCAGUCAGGGCAUGGUGGAGAAAGAAGCACUUGGGCCGCUUCUCUUGGAGGCCCUGGAUGGCUUCUUCUUCGUCGUGAACCGUGAGGGGCGCAUUGUGUUUGUGUCUGAGAACGUCACCAGUUAUCUGGGUUAUCCCCAGGAAGAGCUGAUGACCUCCAGCGUCUACAGCAUCCUUCAUGUGGGUGAUCACAACGAGUUUGUGAGCAAACUGCUACCCAAGAGCCUUGUCAACGGUGUGCCAUGGCCUCAGGAGCAAGGCCGAAGGAACAGCCACACGUUUAACUGCAGGUUGUUGAAAAGGCCUCCAGACGAGGUGGACGCAGAGAACCAGGAGGCCCGUCAACAGUAUGAGCUCAUGCAGUGCUUCACGGUCUCUCAGCCCAGAGCGGUGCAGGAGGAGGGCGAGGACCUGCAGAGCUGUUUAAUCUGUAUAGCAUGCCGAAUGCCCCGUCCACCUCAGAUCCCUGUCAGUACAGAGUCCUUCAUCACCAAGCAGGACCCUACAGGGAAAAUCAUCUCUAUUGAGACGAGUGCUCUGAGGGCCACAGGCCGACCAGGUUGGGAUAUCCUGGUCAGGAAGUGCAUCUGCGCAUUCUUCGACUCUCAGGGCAACGAGCCCUCCCAUGCCAAGAAGCUGCUUUACGAGGUGAUGACCCACGGCACGGCCAUCAGUCCUCUGUACCAUUUCACACUCGAUGACGGGACGUCCCUCAGUGCGCAGACACGCUGCAAAUUCUGCUGCCCCCCAAACCCAGAUGUACAGCCCUUCAUCAUGGGCAUUCAUACUAUAGACAGGGAACACAACACUGCUAGCUCUCAGGAAAACACUACCCCCAGCCUUCCGUCUCCUGCUGCCCCACCUUCCCGCUCACCCGCCCUGCAGCCCUCCAGUGACCUCAGCCUCCAUCUCAACAACAGCAAUGGCACCUGUGCCACUCCUGGACCCCCUACACCCACUCCACCAGGCUACCUGAUGCCCAGCCGCGUUGGGCCCUCCCAGCAGGUCAGCAGCCCCUCUCCACUUGGCAGCCCUCUCACAGCCACCCCUACCUCAUUCAUGUCGCCUCGACCUCCACGGGGCAGCCCGGGCCUGGCCAGCAGCCCACGUGUCCCGGGCCAUCCUUUUUCCCCCUCGGCGCCCGGCAUCCACUCGCCCGCUGGCGGACUGACCAGGCAGCAAUCUGGCGGCGACAGUGUCAGUUUUUCUCUCCCCUCUCCUUUACCCCCCAGACAGACUCCGACCCCCAGCAGCUCCCCGGCACGUCAGCCCCCGGCCAAACCGCCGGAAGCGUCUGCUGAUGAGUUUAAGGCUGCUGCAGCGGGCAACCCCAAACUUAACCAGCUCUUGGACAGUGCGUCCGAGCAAGACUCCCAAGCCCGUCCCACGCCCGUGGCACAGUGUCCGGCUUCUCACAGCAGUCUGACUGAGCGGCAUAAGAUUCUGCACCGCCUUCUCCAGGACAGCAGCCCUGCAGAUGCGGGCAAGGAGCCCGACAUCAAGAAGGAGCCUCCUACCAGUCCCAACGCGGCCUUGGUAGCACGAGGACAUGGGAAGGAGCCCCAGGACCACCAGCUGCUACGCUUCCUGCUGGAUACGGAUGAAAAGGACCUGGAGGAUUUGCCACCUCCGGCCGCCCUCAGCCUCCAUACGGUCAAGGUGAAGGCGGAGAAGAAAGGGAGCAGAGAGAAUGUGCCCUGUGGCGCUGCUGCUGGCACCAACACCGUAUCUGCAGUCGCUUGCUCACCUCAAUCGAGUGACAAGCCCAGCCCGCAGUUUCCCAGUACCGAUCUGGACACUUUGAACCAGCUCUUGCCCACUUUGAGAAGCGCUGUGGGAGGUAAAUCAGUCGAGGAGCCAGUGCUCGUCCAGCCCAAUGAGGACAACCUUUCCAUCGGGUUGAAUGUGAAGAGAGAGUCGCCAGGAACAUCAAACCAAGCAUUCCCUGAUGGAUCAAACCUCUCAAAUCAGUCCUCGUUUGAGUUCUGUGACCCCUCCACACCAAACCAGGGUCAGGUGCCGGAUCUUGGGCAGACAGACCCGUUUCAGCCACCCAAGGAGAGCAGCAGCCCCUUUGCCAAUCCAACCAGCCUCAACUCUUUCAACACCAACACAGGUCUGGCCAAGCUGGAGCUUCCCGAGUCCCAGCAAUUCCAGCCCUUGUCCUUGGUUGAACCGAUGACCUUCGAUAGCAGCUUGGGCAACCAGACACAGGCCCCUCUAUCCUCUCCUCAAGAGCAGUGUGUUCCGUGUCCGCUGGAUGAGAUGCUGUGUCCGCCCACCACUCCCGAGGGUUGCAAUGACGAGAAGGCCCUGCUGGAGCAGCUGGUCACUUUCUUGAGCCGCACUGACGAGAGUGAGUUGGCCGAGCUGGACAGAGCGUUGGGCAUCGACAAGAUCGUUCAAAGUGGCUGCCUCGAACCUGUCACCCAGACCUUUCCUCAGUCUCAGCCUCCAACACCUGUACCCAUGGACCCCAAGCUACCCAGCUACCCCUCUCAGUUCCCCACCUCACCCUCACAGUUUCCUGCUGAGAUGGGCACAGCACAGGGCAUGAGUUUCGGGGCCCCACGGAUGGCGUUUCCAGGCAACGUGGGCAUGACGGUGAGGCCCGGCAUGAAUCGAGCUCCUGGUGUGCCCAACCAGCUGCGGCUACCUCCCAACCAGCUGAGACUCCAGCUCCAGCAACGUUUGCAAGGCCCACAGCAGCUCCAGAACAGGCUUGCGGCCAUGGGCCAGUUCCCACAAGGGGGGCAUGUUGCCAUGGGGAUGCGUCAGGGCAUGCAGCAGCCUCAGAUGCCCUCUCAGCCUCCGCUCAACGCUCAGAUGAUGGCCCAGCGGCAACGGGAGCUUUAUAGUUUCCAGCACCGCCAGCGGCAGCUUCUGCAGCAGAAGGUCAUGCUGAUGAGGCAGGGGAUAAACACAGGACCUCUGGGCGCUCAGCGAGUUCCUAAAGGCCCCCAGCAGCAACAGCCGCCGCAGCAGCAGCAGUUCGGCUUUCCUCCAGGCUAUAACGCUGUACCUGGAAACACCCCUACCUCCCCGAGCCAUUUUAACCCCAUGGGAGGACCUCUGGACCCUAAGCUGCCUGCCAGGGGGGGCAUGGGAAAUCAAGGCAUUAUGGGAGGCAUUCAAGGGCAGUUUGGGGGGCCUGUGAACACUCCUGUUCAGCAGGGGCUUUUCCAGCAAUUUGGGGGGUCUGGCAUGAUCCAGCAAGCAGAUCCAUCCUUCGCUCCUGAACUUAGUCCAACCAGCCCCCUGCUUUCACCUCAGAACUCCACCUCACAGAGUCCUUUGCUCCAGCAAGCGCAACCUCCACCUGGUUAUCAGUCACCUGACAUAAAGAACUGGCAGCAAGGGGCCAUGGCCAACAACAGUAUGUAUAACCAGGCAGGCCAGCCUGUCUCUCAGAGCUUUGGACAGCAAGGCGUGUAUAACAACAUGAGCAUCACCGUGUCAAUGGCGGGAGGGUCAGGAGCGGUGAGCACUCUACCUCCUAUUGGACCAUCUGUCGGCAUGGGCAACAAUAACCUUGGCAACGUCACUUCAAUGUGUAACGAUCAGGUACAGCAGGUUCAGGUGUUCGCUGAUGUCCAGUGCACGGUAAACCUAGUGGGCAGUGACUCCUACCUUAACCAGUCGGGGCCCAUCGGGUCCCAGAAGGGCCCGAACGGGCCCCCCACAGCCCAGUCUCAGCAGAAGAGCCUCCUCCAGCAGCUCCUGACCGAGUGAGCCGUCUGCCCACCGUGUCUGCCAGAGGACUGUCUCCACAUGUAGAGAUUUUUAUUCUUCACCUUUGGUUUCUAUACAGUAUAUCUGCAGGGUCGGUGUCUGGGCCCAGGCUUGUGAGGUUUCAUAGCCGUUCGACAAAGUGCUCAUUCCUGGUCACCUUUUUAAACGUUAAAAGUUUCCGGAAAGGAGAAAAGAUCACGUUCCAGAAUUUGCCAAGUCUGUAAAAAACUAAAAAAAAACACAAAAAACAAGGACCUGCUGCUUCAGCCGGCUACACGUCCUGUCGGUCAGGCCAACGUUGCAGUGCUUCUUGGAGAGCAGCGCAGCAGCUGAGCUCGGAUUGGUCGGGAUCGGAAACUGGGGCAGGCUGUGUUGCUACGUUCAUGGUAUAUUGCUCAGUUUCAGCUGGAUCUGUGACUGAUAGGCUCUCCUCAGCAGUGCCUGAUGAUGGGAGGAAUUUCCCACCUCUUUUUAUUUGUUAGUCUGUUCUGUUUGUUGUCAUUUAACUUUUUUUGUUUUGUUUUGGGUUCGUUUGUUUUUCUCUGUUGUCGUUUUCAGAACAAGCAUCGCCAGGAUGGGAGACUGCUCUGUAGUGCGUAUCCGUCUGCCGCAGGCUUUCCUGGCUACACUGUUUUGAAACAGCAGACGUUUUUUAACAAUGUCCUACACAUUUCCCCCCUCAGCAGCUGUGAAUACGAGCCACUUAGGGUCAACUCAGCCUAUCAGUGUUGUUUGCGGCGACGUGUUGUGCAGGUUGGUAUUAUUGUACAGCACAAACGGACAAAGUUGGGACAAGCUCACACUUUGUAAUUUCCUUUCAAAACAGAAACAUCAAAUUACAGGCAACGCGCCAGUUCCUUUUUAACGGCUUUGAGAAUCUGUCUUUGUUAUUUUCAAAAGUAAUCAUCCGCGGGGGUCUCGCGCGCUCUCGCACGUCACUAUGAUAGAGACUCGAAUUUUUACGAUUGCUAUUGGUUAUCGAACACCCCAGUAAAUGUUACAAACCCUCUGUUGCAAAAAUGUAGAUUGUACAUUGAUUUUCACUACACAGUUUCAAGGAUGCUCAUCAAAAACACAGGUGCUCUCUCCCGACUAGAGGAGCGAGGUGUUGUUUCGUGCAACGUCCGCACCGUCGGCUGCAUUCUCCAGCUCUUUGACUGCUCAUAAGACUACUGUUGCCCAGUCAGACACUGUUCAUCAGCAUUAUCCUUUGUUCAUUUACCUACUAGUCACCUUUGAUUCGAACCUAAACAUCGAGAUAUCAAAUUGACAUGGCCACAAAAAAAACAUGCCCACAAAAUCGCGUUGCAUGCGUGACCGUCUCCCCCUCACGUUUUUCGUUCUCCUUAAACAGUGUUCUUUGGUCCGUGGAGUUCAAGUGCCGUGUCUUUGUGCGUGUGCUCUGUAUACAAAGAAUGGCUCUUUUUCUCCAACGCUACACCAGCUUAGAUCGUCCUUACACGGGAAAAAAAUGUUCAAGCAGAUUCUCAUUCGUCUUCGAAAUUCAGCCGGGUUGAGAUCGAGCCACUUUUUGCUAUAUAUUAAUGUACAUAGACAUUACAAAAAGCGAAAUGAAUUGACAUUAUAAGUCGUCUGUGUUUUUGGCUCACCGGAAAAGAAGAAAACGCAGACGCUAUCGUAAUUAAUCAUUUCUGCCCUCCUCUUUGGGGAACAGGCAUUCCUGUAUAGAUAAAAUGGUUUUUACGCAGUGGAUAAGAUUCAUUUAAUGAACCCUACCUGUCAUCACUACCGUGUUUAUGCCAAAUAUACCAAACUAGCAAACAGCGCCUAUUAAUAAUGUUUUUAUGGUUUCUCGUUUUUUAACGGCUCUCACAGACAGUUCACAACAUCAAGGUACAAUAGAACUAUUCAGAACCUGGAUUAUCAAAGUAUUGUGUAUAUAACAGAUAAAUGUGAAUAUGUAUCUGUUCAGAAUCAACAAAAUGUAGUGCUCCGAGUUUGUGGUAAUAACUACUUGCUUCCAUUUUGUUUUGUUUAUUUUAUUUUUUUUUUUUUUUUUUUUGUUGAGAUGUGUAUGGCUGUCUGAAAGCGUGUAUGUGUGUGAUUAAUACUGUAUAUCUGGUGUUUAAAAUGGAAAAACAAGACAAAUGUCCUGAUUUUAAUUUUUUUUUUCUUUCUUUCUUUCUAUCUUUUUUUGGAAUACCUGCAACUUUUCCUGUGGGUGUUGAGAUUGCUCUAUAUGUGAGAAUGGUUUAGCGACUGCUGAAUGUGACUUUGCUGAGGGAGAAGCAGCAUGGACUGGCUUUUGUACGGGUUAAUUUAAAAAAAAAGGCCAUAUUAUUUAAUUUCUCUGUUGUCAAAGUUUAAACAGCUCUGACAAAGUGGAACCUUGGUUUGAGAACGGCGCCGGCCUGUCGUAGUGGGGGUUUCGUCAACUGCCUGAUGUAGUUUUUGCCAUGUGUAAACGCUCUUAAGAACGCAAAUAUGACCAAAGCUUCAAGAUACUAAAAGAUCCAUAUCAUAUGCAAGGUUCAUGCAAUUGGACAAAUGUAGCAUUGAGUUUUUUCCUGAAUAGGCGUCCCGUAUCCAGUCACGUUUAUAACACUACCGUUUGGUCUGACAUUGUUCCCCUAGACGUUCCGCAGUCUCGCUACCGAUCUACCGAACAUGCAAAUGCCUCCUCUGGAGGAACUUAAGUCACUGUUUUCAGGAAGACCGAUUUCUAACCGCUAGCUAUGCACCUUCAGAGGUUAAAUGACACUCAACUGACACUCAAAACACGGAUUAUUGCUUUGAAUGCAGUAUUCUAGCAAUGCAUGCUGACUAGUAUCUCCUGUUUUUCCUCUAUUUUGUUUUUUAACUCAAGGAUACAGUUCGAAACGAGUGGUUUUGAGCUAAAAACGAGAACACCGUACUGAUGCAACUACACUUGGAUAUUUGACUUUAUUUAGCUGGAUUCUUUAUACCAAAUUUGAGGUGCCUCUUGUACAUAUUUUCAGCAUAGAGGACUGCUCCUCAGCAUUUGAUGAACGUUUUCUUGUUUAUGAGGAUUUUCUUAUACUGACCUUUGUAAGACUUUUGCUGUAUUUUACAUGACGUUUUUUUACUAAAAACCUAAAUGUACCAGGAACUUGCAAGGAAUACAAUCUAGUUUUGCACUUUAUACAUGAAUUACAAGGAAAGAGGCCAUGUUUAAAUCAGAAGUUAAAAAAAAGACGACGACGACAAAAAAAAAAACAAAAAAAACGAAAACCCCCCCCCUGAAUGUAUUUUCGCAAAAAGUGAAACGCCAUUUUCGCUUUCCACGAAAACUCCAAACGCGUCUCAGGUUCUUCGGGAAGAACUUGGCUCGUCAGGCCCUCGUCAUCGGAUCCCUUGAAAGAGCAGGGUAGCGGAGCCUUUGCUACAUGGGUGUUUUUUCUGCUGCAGAACCGUAGAUCUAACUAUGCCUAUCUUCUUCAGGUGCUCCACCUCCCUUUUGCCCUCCCUGGCUUUAUCUUUUGAAGACAUUCCUCAUCGAACUGCUUUCUGUCCAUCGCGGUCUGUCCUUUCAGGCCUCGCACGCUCGGUGCCAAGUGCUAAGAACCAUUAUGCAAAGCCGUACAAUCUGCAUUUCCUCACAUCAUAGUAGCGAAUCCUACGUAUCGACCACCACACACUAUCCUCGUCAUUCAGAUGUCACGGUAUCAUCUACAGUAGCUACUGUUUACCUGAGAUUUUUCGCAUCUUGUAAGUGCUGCCUUAUUAAUAUACAGAUAUUAGUUGUACUGGUGAAGGGAAGUCACGUGUUUGUAGCUCCACUGAAACGGCGCUCGUUCUCCUGAGGCAAGGUUCCACUUUUCACCUGUAAAAUUAAUAUAAAUAAACAAAUAUAUAUAGAUAUAUACAUUUUACUCAUUUUGUCCAGUUUUGUAUAAUACUUGUGAACUUUUUAUUUUUUUUUUUUCUUAAGAGGUAUCAUUGCAGCUGUGUGUGGGACAUUAUGAAUGAAGAUGUAUCU